UUUACGUAGAGACGACAAGUUUCCCGGUUAUCUCUCUUCUUAUCCGCACACCGCGAGGUUCUUUUCAGGAAACUGAAAAAGAGGAGUGAGCGGAUUCGUCUUGCGCCGGGAAAUGUUGCUCUUAAUCGCAAAAAAAUAAGGCUCACAUUUGUGACGUAAAAAUCCUUUUUGGGGUAUCUUUUACAAUCUUACAGUCAACUUAUUUCAAGAUAUUGUUGCCUCGACUACGAGGCAACUUUGGAAACAUGACGCGAGGUUUGAGAAAAUAGUUUACAUCAGAGAGUUGUCUAAUUUCGGUCUCAUCAAGGGCUGCUGAAACGGUCAAACGUAUUCGAUAAAUGGCGUCGGCUGCGUCUCUCAGUUUUAUCUGUAAAAAACUGAAAAGUUAGCUACUAUACGGUCUCUCCUACUCUCUCCAUUACUCCUCCAUUGCUCCUCUUUUUACCUCGCGAUUUACUACUAACCAGCUCGAGUAGCUGCUUUCAUCAUUCAUGAGAUCUUCAUUUUUAUAAUCCAAGUGCAAGAUCGAGUUUCUCAAUAUCGACGAAGCUAUCGAGAAUUUAUUUUUAAUUAAGGAUAUCGAUGGUAUAAUGGGGAAAUUAACUUGACUCGGUCUCCUUCUCUCUUUCACUCGCUCUUUCUCCCGUUUCUUUCUCCCGUUUCUUUUUUCUUCCUCUGAUUUUCUGCCAGCUGCCGUUUGUUGGAAUUCUCUUCCAGUUAAAGUCAGGUAUCUGGAGUCAAGUUCUUUUGAAAACUGGUUUUUCUAUCAUCGACCAGGUAGCUUUCCAUGCGAGAAAGAGGGAACUCUUUCUCUUUCCCAAGUUCGUUCAAUCAGCGUUCAGUUUUAAUGCAGGAACACGGACGCGAAUCGAUGUCGCCCAGCAUCCCGAUACUUUUCGCUCUGUUGCUCCCGUUGAUAUCGAGAUCAGCGGAAGGCGAAUGGGGAACGGCCGGCGUCGCGCUGUUGCGACGAACUCUCAGAUAUUGGCGGAAAAUAUACAACACGUACGACGAGGAGGUGAUUCUGGGCUACUGUUGGGCGGACUAUUUGGCUCAGAUAAGCGUCGAAUUGUGGAUGAACUCGGCCGCGUCGCUGUCCCCGGCAAGAGAGCGUUGCAAUACGAGUGACUGGGCGACGAAUAGCCAGCGAAACCCAUUUCCGGGGAAUGUAAUGGCCGACGCGCCGCGACGGAGGGAAACGCUGCGAGGACACUCACGGGAGAAGCGCUCGCUGAACUCCACUAUUUCGGGCUUCGUGAAAGAUCCUAAUGGGCAUCGGAUUGCCGCGGGAUGGAGAGUAACGGGAGAGCGAGAGAGACGGAGGAGAAACGCAGCCGCUGAAGGCGCCACGGCGAUGGCGACAGCGAUGGCGGAUAAGGCGCGACAAGGCGCUGAUAAUGUCGACAGGGGCGAGAGGAUGAUCGCGGCGAUGACUGACUGCCGGGGAAGACUGCCGAUCGCGCGAUCGGGGCUUCCCCGAGAGCCGCCCCCGCGCUGCUGCGCGUCUCCAGCGAACUCAGGAGCCGUUAAUCCCGCUGGCGACAAGGAAGUCGAGGCGGGAGCGCCGCGGGAGCACCACGUGGUGGAGUACACGCGUCGUCGUAGAGUUCCACUUCCGGCCGAUCGAGGCCUCUUCGCCGAGGAGGAGGAGGUGGAGGAGGAGAAGGACGACGCAGCGGGGCGCAGGAUGUCGGCCGUUGAGCGCGUCAGGCGCUUCACCGGGGUGCAGAACAGCUCGGCUUCGAGCAGGUCGGCCCGCGGACAUGCGGAGCCGUCCGCGCUGCGAAAGGUCGACCUCGAGGUCGUGGAGCAGCGGUUUCUGGGCCGCGCGUUAGUGCGCAAUUUGCGCGCGCUCGUCGUCGCUAUUCUCAGGACGAUUGGCACGCUCAUGCAGGUCGGCCAGGAGUUCAUGGAUAUCGCCGACUCGAACUCGGCGCUCAGCUGCACGAGGACGUACUUGUGGAGAAAGCUGGAGAAGUGGUUGGACACGUAAGGCGGAAAAUCGAGCGCCGCGCCGGUCGCGCUCGAGCAACAGCCCCCGGCACUUCAGCGGCUUUUUUACGAGGCCGGCUUCCAUCAACAGGAGAAUCCGAAUUUUUACGUCGCUCCGGCUCGCGAGAAUCAACACAGGCGCGUUUAAUGUUUAGCCCGCGCUCGUAUGUUUCCGCUCGAUAUCUGCGCCUGCCGAACGGUAGCGGAAAUUCGCCCGCCGAUAAAUCGCGAGCACUCUCUCCCGACUUUUUCCUUCCUCUCUCUUCUCUGGAUCAGCGCGAACGCUGGGGAUUACCAGGACUCUCGUCGACGCGCUGCGCCAGGCCAGUCGUCUCGGCUCGAGUCGCGCUUCGUUCCGGCCGGCCUCGUCGAAAGCGGUUGAUUAUAUGUUGAUGAGGUGUACACGCGGUUUCAGAAUGCACUCGUACUACCUCGGGAACUACCGCUCGCUCGACAUCUGCAUCGAGAAGGAAAGAGGUAGCGCCACAUGUAAAUAGUUGUACGUUCAAUAUAGGGGAAGGUCGCCUGGAUUGGACCAGUUUUUACUUUUUUUCCUAAAAUUUGCAAAUGCUUGAUAAAAUGGGAUAAGGACUAAUUGGAAGUUAUCCCUGAUUCGUUUGUGACGUUUUGUAACAUUUUAAGAUUUUUUACAUGACAUCUUCUGCAGAUAUGUCUUUUUGGUAAAAAUGCCGAAUAGGGGAUCCCGUUCCUAUGACCUUGACCUUGACAUAUGUUGUCAAGGACACCUACCUGAGUAACGUGCAAAAAAUUUUAGCCGUCGCUCGUUGUUCGUUAAAAAGUUAUUGCUAAAAAUUUUCAUUAACGUACAAGUUGGAAGUGCGUUUUGCACGGCGCGCUACGCGCGCCUCCUCGCCCCUGUUAAAUUGUACCAUGGAGUUUCUCAAAUUGUAUCUUUGUCGAACCGAUGAUUAAUUUAUAAGCUAUGAGGGCAUAAAAAUAAACUACAAAUAAUUUAAAUAAA